AUCCAUAUUGCCCUCUUUAAUACUACGUGUCGUUUACUCAGCUACCGCUUUGAAACAACAAAAAUUAGCUGAGGGAAUGUAGAAUGUUUGUCUUGCGUGACGACCAUGGAUGUGAUUGUCGUGUGUUUGUACCGAGGCGUCAACGCGACUUGUCCGUUGUGCAACGCGAUGAGUCUCGUCCCCGUCAAAGUAACCCAGUCGCGAUCGUCGCUCGUUAAUCAUUCCUGCCCUAUAUUUUACGCAUGCUAUCUCCUCAAAUCGAUUAAAUCGCCUCGCACCCAAUCAACCUAUGUUGGCAGCACACCUCACCCGCCUCGCAGAAUCCGUCAGCACAACGGAGAACUCACGCAAGGCGCUUCGAAAACUAAGAAGAUGCGACCGUGGGCCAUGACUAUGAUUGUUUAUGGUUUCCCGUCCAAACUCGCUGCCCUUCAAUUCGAGUGGGCAAAACCAGCAUCGAGCCAAUUUGCGCCGAUUUUCCCUAGGAAUCCCCUGGCUAAUAAACUAAAAACAAAGAUCGUUCGUUCGUACGAUGCUGAACACUCCCCAUAUAAUUCGUGGCCACUUCACGUUAAAAUAUUCCACCCAGAGGCAGUGAACGAAUGGAAUAAGGCCGCUAAGGUUAUACCAGAUCUUCCCAAGGGAUUACAAGUGACCAUCGAGCUUGAAGGAGUCGACGGAAAGAGUGGUGCAAUUGGUAGCGGAAGGAAUGGUGCGAUUGACGUUAUGGACACUCAGUUUACAGAGCGACAUUUGGAGAAAUUCGAUGACGUUCAGCGAUCCGAUAGCCAUGCGUGUUCGAUAUGUUCCCAACCCAUUGACAUCAACUCGGAAGUAGGCGUCGCAAUGCUGUUAUCUUGAUGUGAACCAUACCUGAUGGUUCCAUAGUCACAACUUCCUUUUCCCUCUGUGUCCACGACCAAUGUCACUCCAUCUCACACUUAACCUGCCUGGGAUCGCACUUCCUCUCCGACAACUCAACGUCAUCGAGCAUAAUACCACGUGGA